AUGUUCAAGUUAGGAUGGUCUAUCGUGAUUGCAAUUAUUCUUCUAGUUAUUACAAUUAAUCUUGCUUUGUUACCAUUAUAUUUACGUAAAGUAUCACAUGUGAAUGAAUGUAAUGAAUUUUCAUUAGAAAUAUUUACUAUAAGUGGUAUUGAUAUGAAGCAAUUUAAUCCAAUGUUUAUUAAUUUAAUUAUUCGUCCAAAUAAUGUUUCAUUUAAUACAUUUCUAAUUUUUCAUAAUGAUGAAAUGAUUUCAUACAAAAAUUAUGUUUAUAAUAAAAAUCAAAAUUCAUAUCAUAUUCAAAUGAAAUUUACUAAAGAUGGUUUACAACAUUUAGAAAUGAUUGGUAUAGAUUCGAAUAAUAAUACUUUAUAUGAAGAUUUUCAAUUUUGGACUGGUUCUAAUAAAUUUAAAGUACGAGUUAUUAAUGAAUAUAAACAAUUAGUUAAACAAAUUCCUGUAGGUCUUCAAUUAAUUGAAGAUGAUAUAAUACAAAUAAUUGACAUAACAGAUAAGAAUGGAGAAGUUUUAUUUGAAAAUAUUCCAUCACGAAAUGUUCGAAUAGAAAGUAGUUCGAAUGACAAUAUGUAUGCUAUUAAAGCAGUAAUAGGACCUUCAAUUCAAAAUGAAUUACAAUUAAAAGGAUUUAACAGAGUUAGUUUAAUUGAUAAUGAAAAUUUGCAAGGAUGGAUAUUUAGUAAUAAUACUUAUGUGUCAUUGAUUCCAGCUGAAGUCAAACCGGUUGAACAAUUAAUUAAUUAUAUCAAUGUAAAUAUAAGUACUCGUCGAGGUGAACAAACUAUUUCUCGAACAUUUGAAACUAAACCGAAUACUAAAUCAGUUAAAAUACGUUAUCGUUUUAUUAUUAAUGGAGUAUUAAAUCAAUCUAUUUAUCUGUUAGUUAAUGAUUAUUUUCAUCUUACAUUACGUUCAAAAAAAAGUUUAACUCGUAGAUCACUUUUAUUAUCAUUAGAUAUGUUUGUAACUAUGUCUGAAUGGAUGGAAUUAAGUAUACCUGUAACUAUUCAACCAGAUAUUAUUCAAAUAGAUAUUACUAUAAAAACAAUUAUUAAUCGUUUAUUUAAUUUAAACUUUCAAAUAGAUUCUAUAGAAGAAAUUUCAUUAGCUAUAAUGACUUUUGAAUUGAAGAAAACAUUAGAAAAUUCAACUAAAUUUGAAAAUUUAAGAUUUUUAAGUAUUCAUGCUACGAAUUCUAAUCAAUCAUCAAGUAUUAAAAUUCAUGGUUCUCUAGUUAUUCAUGGAAAUUCUUAUUUAUCAUUAAAAAAUAUAAUACUUGAAAUAAUUCAACAAAGUAAGAAAGUGGCUACAGGUAACUUAACAUCAGUUGCAUCUGAAAAACUUCUUAAUAAAUCUUUUGGAUCUACUGGUAUUUUAAAUGUAACAAAUAUACUUUUAUUUGAACUAAAUAAUGAUCAAAUUACUACAUUAAUAAAAAUUAAAAAAGAUGGAUCGGUUAUAUUUCGUGUUCGUAUUAUUUCUAAUAAUAAUGAAGAAAUAACUGCUGAUAAUUUAAUACCAAUUAAGUUAUUAAUAUAUUUUAUUGAAAAUCAAAAUCAAAAUGGAAAUAAUAAUUGGAUUUUGCCAAGUAUUCAAAAAUUUAUUAAUUAUCUAAAAGAAUCAAGUAAAAUAAAAAAUGUUACAAAUCGUUUACAUGACAUAUCACAGAAGAGUGAUGAUGGAUAUUUCUCUGAUUCAGCAAAAAGCAAGAUGGCAGUAUGGCAUUAA